UCCCGGUGCCGGCCGGCGCCGCCCAAGGGACCCUGCGCGCAGCCCCGGGCCCGGCCCCGCCAUGGCCCGGGACAGGCCGCCCAGGAGGGGCUGCGGCGCCCUGCGCCGGGGUCUGCUGGGCGCCGCGCUGCUGCUCGGCCUGCGGCUCUGCGCCGAGCUGUGGCGCGCCGGGCCCCGGCCCGCGCCCCGCGCCCGCAGCGCCCCGCCGGGCCGGGCCUUCUGGCCGCCCGGGCCGCACCUGCCGCCCGCGCCUGGCCCACCGCGCGGCGCCAGCAGGAGGCAGGUGAUCUACGUGCGCAGCGGGCGCAGAGCGCCCCCGGGGGGCGGCGGGAGCGGGACGUCGGAGCCCAGCUGCUGCGCCCCGCGCGGGCGUCCCCGCCGGAAGGGUCCCCGGUGGCAUAUCCAUCUCCAGCCUUGGGCAGGCCCCGCUCAGUCCCUGGAUGAAGAAGCCUGGAGGUUCCUGAGAUACAUCAGCACCACCCAGAUCGCAUGCGAUCACAUGAAUACAGACAGCCUGGCUACUGAUUCCAGCCCAGCGCAGAAGGCCUGGUCAGUGUGUCUUGACGACAGGUUUGGCUUAGCUCAUCAAAUCCGCAGCAAGCGGUGUCGCCUCUACUCCCUGGGGCUGGGAAGUGAUGAUACCCAUUUUGAGGUUACUAUGGCCAACAACGGAUGCGAAGUGCAUCGUUUUGAUCCGAGUGUCAAAUCAGCUCAUGUUCUGGAGAAUCAGCGCCUUUGGUAUCACCGUUUGUCCAUCGACUGGCGGGACCCCCAUCCAGCUGUUGCCGCUCAAAAUCCACACAGCAACACCAGAAAACUGGGAAGCGUUUUGAAUGAAUUUGGGCAUCACAAGAUUGACGUUCUCAAGGCAGACCUGGAAAGUGCAGAAUGGAAAGUUUUGGAAAAUCUUAUUUUGGAAGACGUCCUUGAGCAGAUCGGACAGCUCAUCUUUGAGAUCCAUCUCCAUUGGCCUGGGUUCGAGGUCAGCGGCAGCGACAACAGUGUUGUGCGGUUCUGGUACAGCCUCCUCAAAGAAUUGGAACUAAAGGAUUUCAGGCUUUUUCACAGUUACAAAGACUUAUCUAAACCUCAGCUAUUCCUGAAGAAAGACAUUUUCAAUGCAAGUAGCUGUUAUACUCUGAGUUGGGUGAACACAAGAUGGAAAUAGGAGGCAGGCCCUCAUCAAGAACAUGAAUGGAGCAUGUCCCUGAUUCUAACGGGGAGUUUACUCAUCCAGCCUCCCACUAGCCUAUUACCUGCUUGUGGCAAGGAUUGUGGUAUUGUCUUUGUAGCGUGCGUAGUCGGGUGCUUGGCAUGUAGUCAGGGCACAGGUAAUGCUUGUUGAAGAGAUGAACAGUUACCCCAAUUUGCCCAGAACCAGACUUUUUGCCUUUUGUCUUAGAGUGUAGAAGCUUAUCCUCCUUCACUUUAAUUUGAAAGGUAAUCUCCAGUUCUUUCUAGUUUUCCCUAAAAUUCAUUGCAUGCCUAUAAUCCAUGAAUUGAUCAACAUUAGUUGAAAUUAUGUAAGUUUUCCAUUUUUACUAUGUUGAUGAGAUUUUUAAUUUUAUUGUCUACUUUUUAAAAUAUAAGUUUUGACAAUUAAGUUCUGAAACUUAUCCUAGAAAAAGUCUUACAUACCUCAUUGAUGAAUAUCACUAUGGUCACCUUUAAAGUACUCCCCUCAGGAAGUUAUGCAACAAUGUCAGUGCCCUUCAAAGCAAUUUUAGAACUCUUUUACUGGAAUGGUCAUCAGAGCUGUUGUCAUAUUACCCUUGAUGUCCUGAAUGUUAUCAAAAUGUCUUCCUUUCAAUCUUUUCUUUUUCUUUGGGUAAGGAAAAAAGCCAUUAGGGGCCAGAUCAGGUAAGUAGGAGGGUGUUCCAAUACAGUUAUUUGUUUACUGACUAAAAACUCCCUCACAGGCAGUGCUGUGGGAGCUGGUGCAUUGUUGUGAUGCAAGAGCCAUGCUGUGAUUUUCAGUUAAGAUUUUCUUGUUUCUCUAUGGAUGUUUACUUGACCUGCUGUGCUUCUCAUAGCCAGUCAAUAAUUUUGAUGCACAAUUUGAUGGAUUUUUGCAAUGUUUUUGUAGUUUUGCUCAUUACUGGUUGCCUUGACAUGUCUUCAUCAGUGACACUUUCUCUCUUCUCAGAAAAAUGUUUAAUCCAUUUGCACAUUGCCAUUUUCUUCAUGGCAUUAUCCCCAUAAGCUUGAACUAACAUGUCCCUGAUUUUACUUCCACUCUUGCCAAGUUUAACAAACAAUUUAUGAAUAUUUGUUCAUUGCUUUAAUUCAAGUGCCAGCCUUCUUGCGCCAGCACACAAAAACACACAACAAUAAUGAAUGCCACUCAGCAAGACAUCACCACAUGUCAACAUGCACACAGCUGUGAGAUGCUGAUAAACUAAGGUUAUGAAGCCUUAGUGAGUUGUUUGUACAGUGCUGCCAACAUAAGUGCCGGGAGGCAAGUUUGCAGACUUAAUUGUCAGACCUCAUAGUGCCUUUAAUUUGACUUUGAGUCACUUCUUCUCAGGUUUUUUUUUUUUUUGCCUUAUCAAUAAUAUUCUUUGAAACCUUAUGAAUUUCAAUAAUCCCUCAUGCUGUGGCUUUAUAAGAAACAAUAACUCUGGUUUCUGGGAACUUAGACACACCAAAUUCUGUCACUGAGUUAAAAAGGCUAGACCAUCAAGAACUUCAAGAUUCUUUUCAUGCUCAACCUUACAUCCCCUUUAAUUCCGAUGAAACAAAACACAAAGCAGAAUCCCAGUGUCUUUGCUAUUGCCUUUUUUUGCCUUUAAAUAUGAUUUUCCAACUGCAGACUUGCCUAUGCUGUCAAGUCUUUUUUUCCUAAUACAUUAUCUCAAAUGUUAAGUGCAUUUUUCUUCACUGCUAGUUGGCAUCAUUUAAAAGAUUAUGGCCACAGUCUGUCUUCCCUAGGGUGGUUAUCUAGUUUUUCAGUAGUACCAACCCUUCUUACAUUAAAAAAAUUAAGUGAAAAUUUUUGGUUCUCAGUAGUUCCAAUCAUCUCUGUCAUUCUUAUUGACAAGAUUAGACAUUACUCCUAUGAAUAAUUUUGAAAAAUCUUAUUUUAAAUAAAUUACAUAGUAUACAAAUAAACCAAAUUAUUACUUAAUAGAUUAAUUAUAUUUUUGGUAUUUUUUAUAUCUUGAGAGUAUAAAAACUGUAUGUACGUUGUUCAAAACUUGGGGGCAGAGGGUAAUUAUUAUCACUAGACUUUAUCCCUUCUCCCAAAUACUUCUUCUACCCUCAGACAUUUUCCCAAGUUCUCUUUGUUUCUUGCAGUGAUUUCAAAAAUGUCAUUCCUCAAGUGAGAAACCAAAACAUAUUGCAGUAGAAUGAUCUCACUAACUUGAGUUCAAAAGAGAACAAGACUUUCUGAGUUAGUUGUGAUGAUUUUUAAAAAUAUAAAUGAGGUUUUUAUUUCUAAACUCACCAUACACUAAUAAACGUUGUUGAGCUGAGAGGACCACCUGAAUAAGUAUGAUCUGAAAUGGCAGUUUAGUCAUGUCAAUGUGCAUAGGUAUUUCAAAUGUGCAAAAGGGUCCAUAAAAGCUCUAAAGUGGUUUAUACUGUGUAUGGCCCCAUCUCCAAAACAAAGCAACUUUAGCCCCAUUCUUUUUGGAUUAUAUCACAGAUUUUUUUCGCAAAAUUUUUGUAUACUGAAAUAAACAUUUUU